CUGAGACGAAUACCUCGGUCGACCUGCGUCACUGCUCUUAUAGUUGAUUGAGGAAGGACUGAUAUUCAUGAAUUAAUAAUCAUCCAAUCAGAAGCUGUUUUGGUCUGUGUGUGUGUGUUGUCGCGGGGUCCGGCACCUGUGAAACAUGCCCACAGAUAGCAUAGUGAAAGCUACAAAGACCAAAGGAGUUCGUAUGAUCAGAAGGCACAGGAGUCACACUGACGAGGGUAGGCCUGUUGGCGGGAUGAGUCGUUACCGUGACGACAUCGACACAGAUGGCUUAAUGCCAGCUCCAGCCAGGGACAGACUGUAUGAUCUGUUUGGGCAGAUUGAAAAGGAAUUUGAAAAUCUCUAUGCUGCCAAUAUUGCAUUACAAGAGAGAGUGGAAUCACUGAAUGAGAGACUUGAAGCUUACGCCAGCUCUGAUAAGCCAGCAGCAGAGGUACAAGAAACUGAUGGAAGCACCAAACCAAAGAGAUCUGCAAGUCAGAUUUCUCAGAAGAUCAAGACGACGUACAAGGCAUCCACUAGUAAGAUUGUCUCCAGCUUCCGAGCACCUUCAGCAGCCUACAACCUGGUGCGUGUCUACAGGGGUCAUCGGGACGGAGUGUGGGAGGUCAGCGUGUCCAAGUCUGGCCAUCAGGUCAUAGGGACGGCAAGUGCAGACCACCGAGCCCGCGAUAUUCUCUGUGGGAGACUGGUCAGUGCUUGCUCCAGCAUGUCGGUCACCAGGGUCGGUCAACUCCAUCCGCUUCCAUCCCAGUCAGGACCUGCUGAAAUUGCUGCAAGUCAGAUUUCUCAGAAGAUCAAGACGACGUACAAGGCAUCCACUAGUAAGAUUGUCUCCAGCUUCCGAGCACCUUCAGCAGCCUACAACCUGGUGCGUGUCUACAGGGGUCAUCGGGACGGAGUGUGGGAGGUCAGCGUGUCCAAGUCUGGCCAUCAGGUCAUAGGGACGGCAAGUGCAGACCACCGAGCCCGCAUAUUCUCUGUGGAGACUGGUCAGUGCUUGCUCCAGUAUGCCGGUCACCAGGGGUCGGUCAACUCCAUCCGCUUCCAUCCCAGUCAGGACCUCGUGUUGACCGCGUCGGGGGACGAGACCGCGCACAUCUGGAGAGCUGUGGUCACACCUCCCACCCAUGCUGAAAUAGUGAAAUCCCACUCCUCAGGAGAAGAUGAGAUUGACGGGUCGGAGAAGGAAGAUGUUGGUGAUGAUGGCGGUGAUCAGGUGCAGGAGAGCAACAAACUCCGCACACCGCAGGUGGAGCUGACAGGGCACACUGAUGUUGUUAUUGCUGCCACUGGAGGGUCAGUGGACUGGAUGGUGGGAGGAGCUCAGGUCAUCAGUGCAUCGUGGGAUAGACUGGCUAUCUUGUAUGAUGCUGAGACUGGGGAGCAGAUCAGCACUCUGUCAGGUAGGGGUCAUCAGCAGGGUCAGAUACACCUGGGUCAGGUAGGGGUCGUCAGCAGGGAUCGGGAUACACCUGGGCUGGCUGUAUCCCAAGCCCAGAACAUCAUCGCAAUCCCUCAUGAUAACAGACACAUUCGACUGUUUGACAUCAGCGGCGUGCGUGUCGGACGCCUCCCUCGCAGCAACAGACAAGGUCACUCACGCAUGGUAUGCUCCGUGACCUUUGCAGACGACAACCAGACGUGCAAUCUGUUUUCCUGUGGCUUUGACAGACAGGUGCUUGGGUGGCACAUCAACUGUCAGACCAAGGAGUAGUCUCCCCUGUGUCAAGGCCUGUUUGCUUUGUGUACAGUGUCACCUGCAUCCCAUGUGCAGUUAUCAUGGUAGAUACUGAACAGAAAUGGGAAUAUAAGGAGGCCAAGAGCAUCCUACUUUGCUAGUGAAUGUCCUAACAUGAGAACAGUGAUGGCUGCCAAGCAGAUCUAUUGUAAAUAUUCUUCCUUGCAUUGGCACUGUUUGAAUGUUGCCCAUUUAAUUCCUUUAGAAUGUGAUUCUGAAAAGAAUGAUAUGACAUAGAAACUAAACUAAGUAUUGAAAAUGAUAAUGAGAUCAAUUUUAAAUUAGAGUUGUAUACAAUAUGUUGAAAAUGGGAUACAUAAUUAUUUAAUUGGCUCUAUGCAUAUUGUUCUAUGCAUGUUAAGUUGAAUUAUGAAACCAACCUUAGGAAAACCAGAGACUACAAUGGAGAGAUAAUGUUAUUUUGCUAAAUGGCGCUGUUUACACCAUAUUUUGAGUCAAAUGUGAAUAUGUUGUUUUAUCCCCAUGAUUUAGGGUUGGUGUAAUUUAAUUAUAGUCAGAUAUUUCACUCCCAUGUCGUUACCUUUGAUCUGAAAAACCCUCAAUAGGCUGGAUAGGAGACCACAUCAGGUAAACCCCAUCAGCCAAUCAAAUGUCAGCUUUCUGAAAUCUCAUUUUUUGCCGCCUCAAUUCUUGAUUUAUAAUUUUUUGUCAGGACAAAAGAAAACCAGCACAAAUCACAGAUAUUCUCUUUAUGCCAAGGGACCCACAUGAAACAUGUGGCAUGUGAGGACAACAUGAGAGGCAUUCUGUAGACUUUGUUGACAGAUUACAUGGUGCAUGGAUGACCUUUACUUUAAUAUAGUUGUGUAGCUACUUUGCUGUACAUUGUUACAACAGUAUAUUACAGAAACUGUUAUGCAUGAAUUGUGUCUACUUAGCACAAUGUAAUGCAGAACUGCCUCUUUUUGUUGUCAAGAUACAGAAUUCAGAUUUGCUGAGUUGAAUAAUUGGCUGACUGAGAAAUUAAAGCCUGUAGCUGAUUAGAUAAUUAAUACAUUCAUCUAAUGUAUCUGAUGUGGGCUUGUUUGACCUUCAGGUAGAGGUGUAUUGAAUCAGAGUGAAAGAUCUAAAUUUAACAAGGUUUGGGGUUGGAUCUGAAUUUUUCCAAUAUCUCGACCCAAAUUCAGGUUUUUGUUUUGAAAUCAUUAAUAGUGUAGCUAGGUUAAUACUGGAACAUGCUAUGUAUUUAAGAUGGUUGGGUCGUUUAGUGGUUGAUUGGUAUUGGGAAUAACAGUGGUGGGUUGAGUAAGAUUGAGUUUCAUGUAUAUGAUGGUUGAGAAAAUGCUUCUCUUCCCUCAUCACUCGGCCCAGUCAAACAGUCUGCACACAUUGUUACAAACAUUCUAUGAUGUUGGUGUUUGUGUUUUGUAAGUUUUGUAGUUUGUUUACAAUCUUAUGGCGUUUGUUGUUUCACCACUUACGUCUGUGUUUAUAUGUCAGUUCUGCAUGUUACACUCAGUUGAUAGUUCAGCCAUUUUAUCUUUCAUUUUGUAAAUUAAUAAGUGCUAAUAUUUAUUGUUUAUUUUUAGCUUGAAUUUACAGUUGAGUUAGUUUCUAAGUCUUAGACUAUUUAUUGUGGAAAUACUACAGGGUUGUUUUGUCAGUGAAAUACUGACUUAUUGCUUGUUCUUUUAAGUAAUGUCCUGACAAUCACAGUUUAUAGUUGUUACAGGGGUGGAUUCAUGAAAACUGAUGAACUACUGGUAGCAAGACUACUUAAGUCUUAAAACAAACACAGGUCUUAAAGAACUCAGUACCCUGACAUGGCAAGAGAGGCUUGAACAGAUAAAAUAUGGCCUUUGUGAGCUUUUCCUGCCGAAGGUCACAGUUUGAUUUUGAAAUAGGUUGGUUGGCGGGCUGGUUGGCUGGUUUGUUGUUUAAUGCCGCACUCAGCAAUAUUCCAGCUAAGUGGCGACAGUCUGUAAAUAAUCGAGUUUGGACCAGAUAAUCCA